AUGUCCAUAUCAGACACGCCUACGCCGCCCAUAACCCAAGCAGCAAAGACCACCGCGUUCUCGACCUCUCUGGCGGCCGAGGAUGAAGAGGAGCUGCAUAAGUUGGACCAAGUCUUCAAACGCAUCCGCACAAACGUCCCAGACGCCCCGUACAUCAUCACCGUCCCCUGCGCCGAGCCGCGCUACCACCACUGGUCGCGAGAGCAGGCGGAGAGCUGGUGUCGGAACACCCCCUUCGAUCCGAGUGAGGAGCGCCUCCAGUACAUGAGCUUCCUGUACCGCGACCACGCCGACAGCUGUUUCGUGUGUCGCACCGAAGUCGAUGAGGAGAGGGAUCGCCGCGCCGCCAUGAAGACCAAGAGUGUUCCGAGCGGCACGAGCACUCCGCGCAGUGAUGCGCCCAAGAAAAAGAUCUCGCUGGCAGCCUACAGCAAAAACAAGCAGGCGAACGGUCUGCCGCCCAAGCCGGGCUCGGUUCCGGAUCAGUCGAAGAAGGAGGCCUCUGUCAACGAGUCGAGAGGUCUGCCGGACAAGUCUGCCGAUGCGCAGAAGCCCGUGAAGAAGGAGGACCUCAGUUUCGCAAUGUCCGAGACAGAGGAGGAGAAGCCCCUGCUAGCGAAAAAAUCUCGAUCAACACCACCACCGACAAAAAGCUCGCGAGACCCCAACGACAAUAGCCUACCGCCUCUCAUCUCCCCGAUAACAUCCCCACCAGAUGCGCUUAGCUUGCCACCAUUGCUCUCUCCAACACUUCCCGAUGUCAUUGAAGCCGAACUCGAGAAGCUCGCCGAACGACACAAGAGGAACAGCUCCAGCACGUCUAUCUUGUCGGAACGCAAGUCUGGCACGCCAUUGCUUGGCCCUGAAUUAAAGGCGCACCAGUCCUCCACCCCUUCGAAAGCAACGUCUCGGCUCGCAGAGGUGAAACCCUCCAAUUCCAAAGCGGACGAAUCCGAGAGCAAACCGCGCUCACACGAGGCAACGCCCAAGAAUGCACGAGCGCCUUCGCAUACAAGCGCUAGCAUGAUCAAGCCAUCACAAGACAAGCCGCGCAAACUUAUUGUUAAGCUUAAAUAUGGCAGAAAACGGAGACAGGAUGUUGAGCGUUGCCUCAAGCUACCACCUGGUCGUAAGGCUCGCCAAAAGGGACAGGAAGUGUUGAAUGAAGAGCUGCAGGUCCCGGAAAGGGUACGGAAGUUGGAUGGUUCUUCCAAAAACAAGGAUUUGCCAAGCAAGGAGAUAUCGCGGAAACCGGCCCAACCAAGCGCCAUGGAUGGAAAGGACAACAAAGCACGGCAUGUAGCAGAGAAGCGCCCACGCGCUGCCGACGAACCUUCGGCAGACGCCCCGCCUUCAAAGAGACCACGAGCGCCUUCCAAUCUGGACCUGGACAAGAAGCCUCGGACACCAGUGCCGCCCUCCACUCAAUCACCAUCCCUCCCCAAUAAGCCCGGCCAGAAAGCUCAGUACCUUACGCCGCGGAAAGAAGCCAAGUCCAUUGGCAUGAUACGUACCGUCUCGAAUGAUAGCAACGGUGUAACAAGCACCCCAGCCCAAGCCGAUACACCGAGUGAUGCAAAAGGUCCCACGUCUGGGGUCAACGGCAGGCCCAGUGAAAGUCAAAUCUGGACAACACACUCUCGUAAGCUCAACGACCUCGGUCGGCGCCUGAAGCAUGAAUCGCAAAGCUUCUGUGAUCCCAGGGGCCAUCCUUCGUUGCGAGACCGUAAACGAGGCGCGGUAAUGAGCGUGGAGUGCAUUCUCUCUUAUAUGGCGGCCUACUAUUCCUCGGACUACAAGUCUCACCUCUUCCAUCAUCCAACCGACCUGAACACCAGCUGGCGGACCCUCUUCCCCCUCUUCCGGUUUUUCAAGAACAACUGUCAGGAAUUCCCGCACCUCGAAGGCCUACGUCUUCAGCUUGGCGCCAUCAUUUGCGCCCGCAUCACGUCCUUACUUGCGGCACAGCGCCCUUCUCAGCCGGGAGAUGGCGGCGACAAGAACGCCUUCACAGCCGAAAAGGCUUUCUCCACCAUGAGCGAGUACAUCCAGAACAUGGUCGCAUUGGUUGCCGAGUCCCGGUCGAAGCUGCCGUUCGAGGACCUCAUCUCCAACUACCCCAAAACAUGGGAUGGCCGUGCCAGGGGCGUCGACGUCGAGAGCGAUCCUCGAAGCUGGGAAAAGUUUGAGGUGGGCAGUCUAGAGGGCAGUUACAACUUGCCCCUCGGGCCCGAUACGUCACCCAUCCAGGCCGUCCGGAUGGGCAUCGUUUUCCUCAACGAGUGGAUGAGCAAGGAAAAUAUCGAUUACAAGUUGCAGCUCAAAUUGUGA